GCAGUGGAGGGGAGUUGAGGGGUGCAGUGCCUGCUGGCAGCAGAGACUGUAGCCCCCCCCACCCCCAGCACUGGUGGGUGCCCAGGAGGCCGCUGCCCCCUGCUCUCCCCAGGUCUGACCUGCGCCAGAUGUUGGCGACCAAGAGUGUGGAGAACAUCCAGUUCCUGCCCUUCCUCACCACUGAUGCCAACAACGUGGGCUGGCUGGGCUAUGGCUGCCUGAAGGGGGACGGGACACUCAUCACCGUCAACGCCAUCGGGGCGGCGCUGCAGACCCUCUACAUCCUGGUGUACCUCUACUACAGCCCUGCCAAGCGCCCCGUGCUGCUGCAGAUCCUGCUGCUCCUGGCCGUGGUGGUCACCGGCUGCGGCUACUUCGCCCUCCUGGUGGACACGGGGACGCGCCUGGGGCAGCUGGGGCUCUUCUGCAGCGUCUUCACCAUCACCAUGUACCUCUCACCGCUGGCUGACCUGGCCAAGGUUGUCCGGAGCAAGUCGACGCGGUGCUUGUCCUUCCCCUUGACCGUCACCACCUUCGUGGCCUCCAGCAGCUGGACACUCUACGGCCUGCAGCUGCAUGACCCCUACAUCACGGUGGGUUGGGGUGGUGGGCAGCCAGGGGAUGCUGUCCUGUCCUGUCCUGUCCUAUCCCAUCCCAAGCCCAUCCCCAUCGUGACCCAUCCCACUCGAUCCUAUCCCACCCCACCCCAUCCCAUUCUAUCUUUAUCCCAUCCCACCCCAUCCCACUCUAUUCCAACCCCAUCGAAUCACAUUCCCAUCGUGACCCCAAACCCAUCCCCAUCCCAUCCCACUCUAUUUCAGCCCAGUCCAGCCCAUCCCACCACAUCCCCAUUGUGA